CAAACCGCCCGCAAGUCCACUGGUGGCAAGGCUCCCCGUAAGCAGCUCGCUACCAAGGCUGCCCGCAAGACUGCCGUCCCCGUGACUGCUGGUGUCAAGAAGCCCCAUCGUUUCAGGCCCCGAAAUCCACGGAAUUGCUCAUCCGCAAGCUCCCCUUCCAACGUCUCGUUCGUGAGAUUGCUCAAGACUACAAGGUAUGUUGCUCGUCGCUGGUCUGAGUCGUCGUUACUGACAAAUCAUCCUAGACUGAUCUCCGCUUCCAAUCCUCCGCUGUCCUUGCCCUCCAAGAAGCUGCUGAGGGAUACCAACUUGGCUGCCAUCCACGCCAAGCGUGUCACCAUUCAACCCAAGGAUCUCCAGCUCGCUCGUCGUCUCCGUGGCGAACGUGGCGCCAACUAA